UUUGUUCUUUACUUUCUCUUUUGUUUUGUUUUUCCCUUCAAACUUCUAGUUCUAAUUAUAGCUUUCCAUUCCUUUCUUCUUGUUCGAGGCUCUUCUCUGCUCUUCCAUAUUCUUCUCCCUGUUCAUCCUUGUUCUCUGCUUAGUUUUUGUCAUGUGCUCCACCGAUUAAUUGUAAUUCGACGUUUGUCAUUCUCGCUCCCUGAUCCUGUUCUUGUCUGAGCUGAUCGAUUCUCACUCACAGGUUCUUCUCAACUGCAUUUGUUUUCUGCAGAUCGUCUCUACUGCAGCCUUGAUAUCUAAUCUGUAAGGAUGAAGAAGGGUUUUUAUGGACUGCGGGGUAAAGAGUUAUCUCUUGUAACCAUUGCCUUGAUGUGCAUGGUUAUUAUUAUGUUGACAUGGGAGAAGACUCCUCUUCUUAAUACCUUUCCUCCACCUCAGACUCGAUUGCAGCUGUCUCCAGAUCGCGGUAGACUGGUUAGUAUUUCUCCUUUGGAGCAACAAGGACAUACUGGCGAACAUGUUCCCGUUUUUGAAGAUAGAAACAUUGUAAAUAACCAAGAAGCUCGUGGGCCUUUUUCUCAUGGUUAUUCAAAUGAAGAGGACACAGUAUCUUCUCAGAAUAAAGGAAACCCUCUAGGUUCCAGAGAAACUACACACAAACAGAUAGUGGAACUUAGAAAUGAUGGGAACUCAGGAAGUCCAGGAGAAAUUAUAGAAGAUGAAACAAUACAUAACCAAAUUGUGGUAGAAGGUAAAAAGGCUCCUAUAAAGCAAGAGGUUUUUAAACCAAAACCAGAAAAAGUUGAUGGAAAAAUAAAGCAGGUAGUAGAAGAAAAUUAUUCAAGACAAGCAGAACAAAAUGUUGAUUCAGUGUCGUCGAAUAUAUACAAUGGCAGUACGAUAGAUGACAAAUUGAAGAGGACUCAAGCCUGCAAUUAUGCAAAAGGAAAAUGGGUUGUAGAUGAGGAGCAGCCUUCGUAUUCUGGAUUUGGCUGCAAGCAAUGGCUCUCUGGCAUGUGGGCUUGUCGUUUGACCCAACGCACAGAUUUUUCCUAUGAAAAGCUUAGAUGGCAGCCAAAUAAUUGUGAAAUGGAAAGAUUCAAAGGUUCCGAGUUUUUGAAAAGGAUGCAAGACAAAACUCUAGCUUUUGUUGGAGACUCUUUAGGCCGCCAGCAAUUCCAGUCUAUGAUGUGUAUGGUCACAGGUGGUAAGGAGGAGCAGCAUUUCGUGGAUGUGGGUGAAGAAUACGGCUUGGUCUUAGCUCCUGGCGAUACACGCCCUAAUGGGUGGGCAUAUCGAUUCCCAAGCACCAAUACUACAAUUCUCUACUACUGGUCAGCUAGCCUCUGCGAUGUGGAGCCCUUGGAUGAAAAAGAUCAAAACACCGAUUAUGCCAUGCAUCUUGAUCGACCACCUGCAUUCCUACAGCAAUAUAUUAAUAAAUUUGAUGUGUUGGUUCUAAACACAGGGCACCAUUGGAAUCGUGGAAAGCUCAAGGCUAAUCGCUGGGUGAUGCAUGUGGAUGGCAAGCCAAACAAUGACAGGAAACUCGCUAUGAUUUGGAGUGCCAAGAAUUUCACCAUCUACAGUAUCGUCAACUGGGUGAACUCUCAGCUGCCAAAGUAUCCAGGCUUGAAAGCUUUUUAUCGAUCAAUUUCACCAAGACACUUUGUGGGUGGAGAUUGGAAUACAGGAGGAAGUUGUGACAACACGAGACCAAUGUCAAUUGGAAAGGAAGUAUUACAAGAUGAAUCAAGUGAUGAGAGUGCUGCAGGCGCAGUGAAAGGGACGGGGGUUAAGAUUUUGGACAUAACAGCCCUCUCCCAGCUUAGAGACGAGGCUCAUAUAUCUAAAUACAGCAUAACAGCUAAAGCCGGGGUUCAGGAUUGCCUCCACUGGUGUCUACCAGGCGUCCCUGAUACAUGGAAUGAGAUUUUGUUUGCGCAAAUCUAGUCACAUGGUUACGGGAUGCGAAGUCAAAUGAGAAACUGGCUGCAGUGUUCUUGAAUGAGCGAGUUUCUGAUUACUAUCCAUGGUUUAAUAUGGUGGAAGGCUCGUAUUUCUCUUCGUACUUUAUACACCAUAUGAAUUCCUAUAUUACACAUAAUUAUAAUUAGACACAGAUGGUUUAUAGUAA